AUGGGCAGUGGUUAUUUUGGAGAGCCAAACAUGGGAAAUCAUUACCAUGAAAGGGGAGGAAGUGGUGGGUCGUCGUCGUCGAGAAAGGGGAAGAAGAAGAAGAAGAACAACAACAGUAGUUCAUCAUCAGAGAAGCCGAAGCAGCCACAGAGAGGGCUCGGCGUUGCUCAGCUGGAGAAGAUCAGGCUAACUGGUCAACUGGCCGGCGGUUGCACCACCACCACCAAUAACAACAACAAAAACAACUAUUAUCAUCAUCACCACCCUUCUUCCUUCUCUUAUGGCUACAACCAAAACAUCAUGGGGCAGAUGGGAAUUGGAGAUUACGAGAGAACGAACGAUAUGAUCAGAUAUUAUGGCGAUUCAUCACAACGACCUACAACUGUUGCAAGUUGGAAUAUGGACAGCAGCAUCUACGAGUCGCAUCAUAAUCAGCAGCAUGGCGGAACGAAGCAACUUUUCAAUCUACAUGAGGCGACAUCAAGGAGCAAGAAGCACAGGAGUGAUUAUUCAAAUGGGUCGAGCAGUCAGAACUCCGAAUCCAGCGACGGUCAAGAACUCGACCUGGAGCUCAGGCUGUCUCUUUGA